GUCUCGACGAAAAGGGGCUGCUCGUAGAGCCUGAUGACUACCUGGCUGAGCCUGCGGAGCAAAGCAAUCCGGUGUUCGCUGAAAGCGCACUGAUUUCACGAGAACGAAACGCGGAAGCAGAAGCUGAGAGUGAAGUGGCGAGUUCUAUUGCAAAAGAUGUGGCGUCAGCUUUUUCGGCUGAUGUCAACGGAACAGAGACUAGUACGUCAGCGGCAUCUGCGACACCAGAUGGAAGCAGAGCAGGUCCUGUGGCAUCACCCAUUCCCGCACCCAACGGCACGGGAACGGCAGCACCGUCAUCAGCUCAACCAAAAGCCAGCGCAUCGGCAAGUACAGUGGGC